AUGUCUGCACGCAUUGUUCGAUCUUCAAUGGCCCUGAGGCCUUCUCUCUCCACCCAACGAGGGUUCCGCACCACGAGAUUACUUCAACAUAACGAGAAGGAACCCAUUGGACCAAAAUCUUACGAGAAACCCGAGAGCAAGGUUGAUAACUCGCACAUCGUCAUACUGGGAGGUGUCGGUCUCGCACUCGGGGCAUUUUUCUUCUUGCUUAUGGGGAAGCCUGAGAAAGCAAAGGAACAACCUAUCGAUGGCACGUCAAAGCCACACGAGAGAGUUCGGGGUUAG